UUUUCAGUCCCCCAGAUACAAGAUGUUGACCAAAGAUGCAAAAAUGGAGAGGAUGCCUCUCAAAACUGGCAUGGCAAAACCCAACAAGAACUGGAAGUACCUCAGUCGAGAAGCUGCCGUUCUGGACAGAGAAGACCCCUGCAAGACUUGGGACUCUCCUAUCAUGCCUCCCAGUUUCCUUGGUCUGACCUUAAACCAGGAGCUGACCCAGAGAAGCCACACUGCUCCAGAGAGAACCAGCAUUCGUAUAUAUUACAGCCCACCAUCAGCAAAAAGGAUCCAAAUGAGCUCUCCGAUAGCAGCAGAGGAGGAAGCGCUUAAGGAGAGCCAGGAACCACAUUUCAAUGCUGUUUCCUGUGGCCUUGUAAACCAAGACUGGGCCGCUGCGUAUGAAAACUGGCUGGGUAGCCUGCCGUUUGACUGCCAAAGUUUGAUGGAGAGAGAUUCGAAGGCUGUCAUCAGUUCUACAUCCUCCUCUGGUCUUCAGACCUCCAGUAUGACAUCCCCUUCACGCUUGGCUUUCAAUAACUUGGACGUCUCAGCCAACCUGAGUGAUGACAUGAAGGAAAUCACAGCCAGUGUGCUGCAAACCUCCCAAUCCAGCCCUCUGGAGAGGAAAAGAGCAAAGGAUUUUGGGAGCAGUAUGGUAAGUGUUGUGAGUAUAGGAACGCAAACUCAAUCCCAACCACAGGUGACCACAGUUGGGCUACAAACCGAUGGUCCUCGAUGUCUUCAUGCUGCGAAGCACUGGUCGCCCCGAGUGACCUCAUUUGUAUCUUCAAGAACCCCGCAGACAUCAGUGUCACUGGAAAGGGUCCCUGGUCCAGCAGAUCGGUUUCAACCACAGACCACCUCGCCAAAAAUACAACGCAGACACUCUGCAUCCUCUCCGUUUUCCUCUAAGUCUUCCUCUUCCACAUCCCCCUCAUCCUCUUCCUCUUUCACCACAUCCUCUUUGUCCCCCUCCUCAUCUCCGAGCGCCUCCUCCAGGCUAGAUUAUGGAGCAAAAGAGCGUGGUUUGUGGGCUCUGCCGCAACGUGCUUCGACACCUAGCAGGCCGAGUUCAGUAUCAGUGCAGGGCAGCGAUAAACAUGGUGGCCGUAAAAAUGUAGGCGUUCACAAAUAUGGUCUGGUCCAUGAGUUUCUGCGCAAUGUCUGUGGUCGAGGAGAAAAGACCAACCCGGAGAUGGAGAAAGCGCCAGCAGCUCGUAGGGAUCACAUCGGUCUGGUGGGUUCAAAGAAAUCCGAGCAUCCCCCAUCUCGUAUACCAGCAGUGCCACUGGUCAGAAACGACAGCAUCACCAAAAUUGUGAACCGCAGAUUUAUGAAACAAAGCCAAAAAGAGGAGACGGUGUGUCAGAGCCAGAUCCAAACUCAGCGCCAAAUCGACAGGGGUUCAGUCAGAAAGAACAAGGGCUUGGAGGAUGGAGCCUGUGACUGCAGCUCACGCGCUUUGACAUCCUGUUUUGCUCGACCCUCACAAAAAAACCUCCGGCACAUUCACAGUCAAAACAAGCCCCGCCCACACGAACACCCCCUAUCCCGUGGUAAAGGUGAUUCUCUUCCUUAAUGGGACUGACACCAUGACACUUCUGGGAUCUACAGGCUUGCAUGGACAGAUUUCUUCAGAACUGGAAUGCCCAUCAUUCAUACAUUUCUACAUAUUCCCCACACCUUUUGUGUUUGGCUAAAUUGAUUAUGCCUUCAGUUCCAUUUUAGCGUGUUAUAAUCCAUUCCAAAAUCUUUCACUCAAAAUCAGCGUAAAAAACAUGAAAAAGGUUUGCAGAUGCCUUCUGGGACUGGGGUUAGGGAAAUGUCUCCAGGCUAAGUUACUGGCUUUAAUAUUUGUU